GAUUGUCAAAAUAAAGUCUUUCACAUCAUAUUUCACAUGGUUUCUAAAUGUUGUGAAAAAGCUAAGAAUUAAAUAAUUUAAACUGUUUCUAGGCUUAAUUCCAUGUCUGUGAAUGCUACAGCAGUUAGUAAUUGUUACUACAAACCUAUAAAAUGCAAAGUGAACCUUGUGCAGUGUGUAGUGGUACAGAAUUAGAGUUAAAAGAUGGAUUUUACUACUGCAUGGAAUGUGGUACUCAAAACACAGAUGUACGAGAGACCGUGGUGGAAGACAAGGCUUUGGGAAACGGCACCUUUGCUGUAGGCACGAGAAAGAAAAUCCUAACAAGAGAUAAUGAAACUCAAAUGAGUGCAGAAUGGUACAAAUGGCAUGCCUACAACUUCAUAAUAUCAGGUCUGGCUGAUGAACUGGUAUUGGCUGGAGCUAAACCCAGCUUUAAGCUAAAACUCCUGUGGAUCUGGACUCGGUACAUGAAGAAAUAUCAGAAGAAAGAGGAUAUGGGGCUAGCAAGAAAUCCUGCAGACGGAAAUGCCGAAAAUAUUACAUUGCCAAGUUUUAUGGUGGAAGAAAAUAGUACCAGUAACCCGGUACCUGAUGAUGAAACUGAACAAGAUAUAGAUGAAGGAGCAAAGAAACCUUACAAAAAGAAUGUUAUAGUCGAAGGCUCUAAGAGAGAUAUCAAAUUCCUAUCAAGAGGUGUCAUAAUGGCCAUGUUAUACUUAGCACUAAAUCUAGACGAGAGUGACAUUCAACUAUCUCAUAUCAUAAGGUUCAUUAAAGAAAAACAUCUCAAUUUUUCCAACAUAACAAGAUUUUUGCCCAAAGAUAUAAAUGUGAAAACUAUACAAGGACAGUGGACGUCAUUUAUUAAUAGUAAAGUAUGUAACGUCCAUACGGUGCGAAAACUUGCUAUGUCACUGUUGAGGAAACUAGAUUUAGGAACGCCAAAAGUACCAAAUUUAAGGAAAAUAGUUGAUAAUAUACUGACAGAACUCUGUCUGCCGAAUGAUAUAAAACCUUUAGUUUACGCGUUAAUGCAUUUCAACCGUUGUGAAUUCAUGGACGUGAGUAACAAAACUAAAGAUCAUUUAAUAAAAUUGCCAGACUACGAGGGCAUAGUCAUGUCUUACGUACUUGUCGCUAUGAAGAUGUGUUUUGGCCUAGAUGGCCAUUAUGAAGAGAAACUAUCAGACGCAGUAGAAAAGAUAAAUAACGACCGUAAUCUUCCAAAAUCGCACAAAAUUGGAAAGUACUCAGAACCAAGUACGAGGCUGUUUUCGUUUAGAGAAUGGUGCAGUUAUAUGCAAUUUAGGAAGAUGACACUUUGUCAAUCUUGUCUGAAUAUGGCUGAGCAACAUUGUUUAGAUAUAGACGACUAUGUUUAUAUGGAACAUGUGGGUGAAAUGGCAGAGAAUAAUAAAGACUUGCAAGAUGAAACCGCAAUGGAUAUAAUCAGCAGGAUACCUACAGAGGAUGAAGGGAGAGUUAUUCCCAAACAUCUGUUUUUACCAUCUCUCACACCAAUGUCAGAUUACACUGAGAUCAUAAUGUAUCACAGCCAAGAUCCAGGUAUGCUGAGCGAAGAUUUCACUCAAUAUUCUCUUAAAUAUGCUUGUGAACAUUUAGAAUUGGUCGACACAAAUGCGGAAAAUAUUAUCAGAGGUGUAAGUGAAGAGGGCAAAAUUACUAACGAACUUAUUCUAGGCACAAUAAUACAAAAGAAAAGUAAAACUGAAAUGGUUUAUGUUAAGAACUGUGAGAAUAAAAAUUGGAUGAUAACAAAACCACCUAAAAUGGAACAUGUUUUGUGUGAAGAAGAGCAAAACACUAGCAAUGGUGAUCAAAGUACGAUUGUUGAAAAAGAAAGUAAUCAAAAUGUGAGUAAUGACAAGGAAGUUGAUCAAAACAUAAGCAAUGUUAAAGAAAGUGAUCUGAACAUGAGUGAAGACAAAGAAGUUGAUCAAAAUAUCUCAAAUGACAUUCCCUGUCUUCCCUUAAAUUACAGGGAACCUGAUCAAAAUAUCUCAAAUAACAGAGAACCUGGUCAAAAUACCUUAAAUGACAGGGAACCCGAUCAAAAUAUGUCAAAUGGCAGAGAACCUGAUCAAAAUAUCUUAAAUGACAGAGAACCUGAUCAAAAUAUCUUAAAUGACAGGGAACCUGAUCAAAAUAUCUUAAAUGACAGAGAACCUGAUCAAAAUAUCUUAAAUGACAGGGAACCUGAUCAAAAUAUCUCAAAUGACAGAGAACCUGAUCAAAAUAUCUCAAAUGACAGGGAACCUGAUCAAAACAUGAGCAAAGACGGAGAAAGUGAUCAUGGUUAUGAUUCGGAACAUCCAACAAGUGAAAGAGUAGUUUCCCAAGAUAUCCAAAUUACCUUCGAAGAGGUAGAUGAAAACGAUCAGCCUGUAAAAGAGGAUCAGCCUGUAAAAGAGGAACAAAGACCAGUUAUUAUAAUAGAAGAAGAUAAAGAUAACAAUAUUUUCGACGACACAUUUUUAGAGCUAGAUAUAAAAGAUCAGAUCGAGCAAGAGCAGCUUGAAGAUCUAAAUAUCGAAGAUCAGCCUUGGCAGAACAAUCAUAGUAUCCAAGAAGAUCGCGCGAGUAUUAGCGAUGUUUCCGAUUACGGUUCCGAAAUGACGCAAUUCAAUCCAGAUACUUUCAAUAGGGAACAAACUAUUAAAGAGUUAAUUUUAAAUGCUUGCAAAAAAUAUAAGAUUCCUACUCCCUCUGAGUAUAAAACCAAAGAAAAAGUACAGAGGAAAAGGAAAACUGGAGUGUUUGGUAGUGAAGAUGGUCCGAGUGUACCUAGAAAAAGAAAUAAAAUCAACAAAUAUAAAGUAGAAGAGCUAAUUAGUAGUUACAAAACUCAGAUGCAGUCAGAUUUACUAACUAGAAUGCAAAAUGAUGUCCAUUUAGCUAUUAAAAACCCUAGGUUAGAUGAAUCAGCUAACCCGGCAAACGAACCAGCUAGUGAUGCCUUAAGUGUAAGAACUUCCGUAAGUGUUGACAAUGCAGAAAAUCAAUCAAUUGUUGACCCACAAAGUAGUGUAAUACAACAGAACGAUAAUGAUCAGGAACAAAAUCCUGAAGAAACUGAAGUUAUAGAUGAAGAAUAUGAAUCGAAACUAUUCGAGAAUGACGAACAAAUGGAAAUAGAUGAUCUUAUAAAGAAAAGUGAUCCUAAAUUUGACGAAAAAAAGUACAAUACAGAACAAUUGUAUAUAAAAGUCAAGGAAGAAGAUGUUAGUGUAGAUGAUAUUUUCGAUUUAUCCAUCAAUCCUGAACUAGAAGAAAUAAUCACUAAAAAGAUUGAACAAAACAAAGAACGUGCGGAAUUUGAGAAUUUGAAAGCUGGGCCUAGUAAGGUGAAAACAAAAUAUGAAAGUGAUUCUGAGGAUGAAAUCCCGUUAAAAACUAUACAAGAAGAUAAGAAGAAAAUAGAGGAAAUGUUAGAAUGGGAAGAGAAUUUUGAACCUUUGAUAAAUAAGGAUGAUUUACCAGAAUUUAAAUACUGGGUUAGGCAUUACGACAAGGAUUUCAUGACUAGAUCACAGGAUUGGCACAAAAAGUUUGAUGACGAAUUAAAGGAGAACACUCCAAGUAGUUUCUUCUUCGUCAUUGGAGAAUGCGCCGCCAUUUUGAGUUCUUCAACUUUUACUCUUUAUAAACACAUGCAGAAUCUGGAGAGUUACAUCAUUGCUAGGGCAAAAUAGAUUUUUUUAUCUGACAUAAACGGGAAAAUAAUAUAUGUCACGUGAAUAAAAGCGAUUCGGCGGCAUAGUGCGUUGCCGGAUAGCGGAGGAUUUCAAUAACAUAUCGUCUGUGGAUUUCCUUACUGGAGAUAGAAAAUUGGCAUUAGCCCCGUGCAAGACAUUUCAGAUUCCUAUCUCUAGUACCUAAACUGAUAGAAUAUUGAAGUCCGUCAUGAAUUGUGGACGACAGAAGAUUUGUGGACUAUCUGUUGACGAUAAAUCAAGAUAAUAUGAAGUGAAAUGUUUCUUAAUUAACUUAUUACGUAGAAAAUAUGUCUGGAUUUUUAUCCAGGCAAAACAAAUCAGGCACAAAUGAUUUUGUAUUUAACGACUAUUUUUAAGAAACUUCUGUGAUCUCCUAAGAUGUGAUAAAUGUUUUAGAACAGUACAAGAACUUUAUAAACCGCAAAAUAUUUUUUUAUUAACUUCGACAUUUUGCGUAAAAUUAGCAUAAGUUUCAUGAAGAAUGAAUCUUGAUAAGUCAAAAUGACCGCCUGAUCCAUUUAAUAAAAAUUACUGUAAAUACAAUUCUGUUCUAAGAGUAGUUAAUUUUAAGCUAAGUAAUAUGUUAAGUUUUAAUCUGUGAGAUGAAUCCAUUAAAAUUGUAUUGUGUUAUAUAUAA